AUUGUAUUCAAAUUUUACGCGUGAAAUAUGUAUAACUUCACUCAACGUUCUGAUAUUCCAAUCGUGUACUAUUGUAGAUCGUGAUGAUAUAGAACUUUGGCUAUCCAGAACAGCGCCAUGUGUUCCUGUUUGGCCCUGAUAUCUGGAUAUUCAGCCUUGCGAGCAUUACGCAUUCAAAAUAUUUACAUUUGUAUGAAUGAAAAAGGAUGUAACCUAUGGCCCCAGCCUCUUCAAUCUUUCAUCAUUCUAAUACAAAUGUUUACCACACUUCUCAUCUUGGUCAUCUUCAUCAGCAAUUCAAAAAACUAUUUGAUCAGCAUCAACCGACUGAGUAUAUAUAGUUUUGGGGUACCACGACAGUGCAGAGUGGUGAUGAGAAAAACUGAUCUACUAUGCUUCAUUUUUUAUUAUUUUGGGAAAACACUAAUGGCAAUACAAGCUAUAUUCUUUUACUGGUUUGGAAUUUUCUGUCAUAAUCCAGGAUUUGAAGAAGAUGAUGGUUUCGUCUGUGGCUCUUCCAGCCCUCUAUGGUUUCCUUUCAAGGUGACACAUCCUCUCAUAGAACUCGCUCUGAGGAUGAGUGUAUUAUAUAUCUCAAUAUCAUAUCUACCGAUUUUGUUGGUUUUAGUAGUAAACCCAUUGAUUACAAAUUAUCUUACUCUGAUCCGAAUAAGAAAAUUUCGAAAAGUUAUUCGUCAUUUGAAUAAACUCUCUAUUGAAGAUCAACUCUCACGGGAUCAAUUGGUAUUUAUGAUAAAAUAUCAUAGAGAAAUAACAGAAUGUAUACAAGUGUCGAACAACAGCCUGAGUUAUGACCACCUGCCACUUCAAAUUUUUCUACCUAUUAUACUUGCCAUAUACAUGUAUCUUUUCGCUUUGACGAAUGACUUCUUUGCUCUUGGAUAUAUUUUCCUAUGGUUUUUCCCCUAUUUCUUAUUAUGCUUAUUGGGAGAACGCCUAGAAUAUGAGAGCUCUACAAUAGCAGAAGCAGUUUUUUGGAAUAGGUGGUAUAAUAUUGAAGAUUCAACAGUGAAAACUAUAUACAAAAUGUUUCUUUUUCACUUGAAUCGUCCAGUCAAAUUGAAAUUGAAACCACUUGCUGCACUCAACCAUCUCCUUAUAAUCAAGAUUUUGAAAACUGCAUAUUCAUUCUUGAUAUUUUUCGUUGAUACUAUGAAUUAAGUUGCUUUUGGAAACAUACUCGGCGCUUAUUUUUGAACAAUUGAAUGUGCAAGUUUAUUGAAAAUGAUAUAAUAAAAAUUUGUUUUCUCCAAUAUAAUGGUAUUACUUCAUUAAGAAUCAGAAAGACAAUGACACUCAGAUUACACCCUUACAUACAAUCUGGUCUGGUGUAAUACAGGUAGUAGAUAUAUGUUGAGAAAAACCACAUUUAUAUUAAAGUUGUGGCAAUACAGCAUCAUUUUUCAAUUAUUACUAUUACUAUUAUAUUAUA